AUGGGAAUGGGGAAAACAAUCCAGGCGAUCUCUCUUGUUCUCACAGCACGCUCUCUCCAUAUGACAUCUAGUGAGCCCCACCAGUCCGAUAUUCACGGAUCGUCCUCUGCCUCGUCAUCGGCUCCCCUGCUUCCUGUGGUGAAAUCCACACUUGUCAUUUGCCCUUUGGUCGCAGUUAUCCAGUGGGUGGGUGAGAUUGAGAGGUACACUAAAGAAGGCAGCGUCAGGGUUCUAGUGUACCAUGGAGCCAAGAGGUUAGGCAUGAAUUAUAAUUUCAAUGAUUACGAUUUCGUGCUGACCACAUACUCGACCAUCGAGGGAGAUUUCAGGAGGAAUGUAAUGCCACCCAAGGAGAAGUGUCAGUGGUGUGGAAGGUUGCUGUAUCCUAGCAAGAUGAAGGUCCACCUAAAAUAUUUUUGUGGGCCGAGUGCUCAGAAAACAGAGAAGCAGUCAAAACAGACGAAGAAGGGAGCAGAAACCUCUAGUUUGAAAAAGAGACAGAGAGAUCUUCACAAUAUUAGGAAGGAUGACGUGUCUGGUUUAAAAGCAACCUCAUCCAUAAUGAAUUCAGUUUUGCACUCUGUUCGAUGGGAUCGCAUUAUCCUGGACGAGGCAAGUACAAUAUAAAACAUCUGACUAGAUUCUGAAAUCUUCUAUCUAGCUUGAAAACUUUGUAGAUAUGCUCAUUGCUAUCACACUUGUGAAAGGUUACUAAGCAUGAUAUCUAAUGGCUUCUACACAAGUGAUCAUUCAUGGUGAGAAUUGCCGUUGAUUUUCAUUUGUUUAGAUAUUACGAUUGGUAACUCACAGGACUUAUUUAUUAAUUCUCCCGUGUUAUUCUGUAGUUUUUUAGCUGCAUUUGCUGAGUUGUUGAACCUUGUCUUCUCUGGACCAAGUUAAUAUUUUGGGAUUCACCAAUGAAGAUACAGAAUGUUUUGGUUGUUGCCAUGUUGUGUUAUUGGCGGACAGCAUUUUGGGGUUUCUCAAGAUUGGAUACAUAUAGCUUUUUUUUCAAGUGGUCUCAUUGUUUCGACUGAAUUGACAGUAGUGCACUUAGUUUCGUAGGGUUGCAAUAUAAAACGUAUCCAUUCCUUUAAUCAAGGACGGUUAUAUUGUUUCUUGAAAAUUCAAUUUAGAGUAGAGCACUGAGGUCAGUAGAAUCAAAGUUGCUUGAAUGUUUUUAAUCCAGUAGGGAUCCAUCGCUCCACCCUGCCUUCCCUUCUAACGCGAACAACGAAAAUUAUGGAUUUUUUGCAUUUAAUCCAUGAUCUUUCAGAGGCACGUUUUCUUUUGCUGAUAUCCAGAGAUAAAUGUUGGAAUCAUUCUGGUUACAGUUGAUUUUUUCGCUGUAGAUAGUAGCACGGGAUUGCUUACACUUGUUAACCCAGUCAUUAUCCGCUAGAGUACUGAUUCUGAUCCAUAUUUGCCUAUUACCAUCCCCCCAAUGACAUUUUGUAUGGUGGACCGCCAGUAUGUUCAGUUCCCUUUGUUUUGUUUUGUUCCUGUUUCCCUUCCUCAAUGUUGAUCACAUCUGCUUUCUUCCUCCAGUUCUGCUAACUGUCAUAACCUGUCCUUCUAUUUUACUUCCCGUGAAGUUCUGAUACCAAGAGGUUGCUGGGGGUCGCUGGUUGUUGGGGUUAUGUGGAUACAGGAUUAUUGAAAUAUGAGUCUUAUCAACAUUUUCUUUUAUUCCAACUCUUUUUAACAAAGAGUGGUACAAUGUCCUUAAACUUUUAAAGCUGCCUUCUUACAUGCCUGAGUAGAUAGAGCCUGAUUGAUGGAUUGAUGGAGAUUCCGAAUCUGAUCCACAGAUCACUUCCUAGGCCUUCUUCCAGUGGCUUAUUUCCCUCAUUUCUUAUUUUUCUUUGCUUCAGCUAUUUUUCUUGCUUGAGCAAUGUGCUAUGCUUCUUCAUGUCUCUGGCAUGAUUUUAGGGACAGGUACGACUGAGAAGUAGCAUAUCCUGGUGCUUUGGAAUGGAACAAAUGGGUCUAUUCAAGGAUGUUAGGAUGUCAUUUUGUCAUAGAAUCUUGCCAUUUAUCCAUUGAUCUUCACAUAUUUUCCCUCUCAUUACGCUGUGUUUUCUUGCUUGGCUGAUUGUUCACAAAAUCAAGUUUUUGUUGUUUUCUGCCACCGAAAGCGAAAAUCUUACUUAAUAAUUGAUAGGACCCUGCAUCUUGGCAGGCAAACACAACAAAACUACGGAGAUGGAGACGGAAAUAGAAGAUUAAACGAUAGGAAAAGCAGUUUGGGCUCUGAGCCCCCCUGCUCUCCUUCAGCUGCAGCUGCCCAAGAAUAAUCCUUUGAUACCCCUGAGCCCUAAUACCUCUUUCCCUUUUGUGAGGAAAAGACCUAGCUGCCCUUCAUUAAAUUCUCACUAGAAAGGAUUGUUUUGUCCCUUUGAGAUGGGGUGCUGGGCCCCCUUUGUGCACCCCUUCUAUGCCUACAGUAAGUUGGCCCAUUGGUGACCUAACAAUAGUCACCUAGAAGAGCCAUAUUGUUCAUUUCUAAUGGCUAUUUGGGUGUAUUUGAUAUAUUAUAUAAAUGACUUUUCUAGUUUUAUUGAAUGUUUAUGCAGGCUCAUUAUAUAAAAGAUAGACGUAGCAGCACUGCAAGGGCUGUUUUUGCCUUGCAAUCUUCGUAUAAAUGGGCCUUAAGUGGCACUCCCCUUCAGAAUCGUGUUGGAGAACUUUACUCACUGGUCUGUAAAUCACGCAUUUUUUAAUUUUGAAACUCCAAUGUGUUUGUUUGGCUACUUGGCUGAUUUUACCUUAUGUACCAUGCAGAUUCGUUUUUUGCAAAUCAAGCCUUACUCGUUUUAUUUCUGUAAGGAUUGUGACUGUAAGAUACUUGACUAUAGGUAAGCUUUUCGAUGUCUUCGAUUGAUUCCUGAAAUUCUUGUUGGUUAGACACUAACUAAUGCAAAUUCUCUUAUCAAUCAUCAAUACCAUGUAAGCUACGGUUAUCAAAAACUUUUAUCCAUCGAGAAUUCUUUUGUUCACCAUAUUUUUCUUCCAGAAUAAAGGUUCUCUGGUGUUCCAGUUUAUAAUGUAAUUGCAAUAGAAUACCUACUACGUUCUUCUUGUUUUUAAGAUGUCAAUGUUAUGUAUGAGGCAUUGUGAAAUGCAAUGGUAUGGGGCACUUUGGAUAAACUGUGGGUAAUCCGUCUGAUGUUCUGCUCCUUUUGAUUUAAGAUGUAAGUCGCCAGGGAACACUAUGUGGUCUGUAUAUCGAAUUUUAUUCGUUCUCACUUGAACCUGCAUUAAGUGGGAUGAUUUGGUGAGUGAGAUGCAUGAAUGUUUAUCUGCACAUAUGACAAUCAUGAUUUUGACAGUAUAGAUGAUAUUUUGGAAGGUUUGGCUUACUGCUUUCUUUCCAGUGGGCAGCUUCAAAAAAUUAUUGUUCAUGUCAAAUUAGCUCAUUUUGAUUAAAGUCUCCUGGUAUGUGUUGAAAUUCCCCAUAGUCCAAUGAAUUUCGAGGGUAGGAAUCAAAUCUGGCUUAAUAAUGUCAAACUUUUUUGUGGUUGAUGCCUAACCAAGCUGGGUGAUGAACUGCAAGAUAGGACACUGUUUGAUCAACUCACUUUGUCCUUCCUGAGUCAGUCUUUCUGCCCCACCUCUAGCUCGUCAGGGCUUAAAUUUGGCCGUUUUUAUCGCUGAAUUAUAAAACAUUGAGAUCAAUGCAAGUGCUGCUUUUUGCGGGAUCAAAACCUCUUCCAUCUUCUUAAUUUUGCCUGUCUGAGUUUGGUAUGGCUGUCGAAAAUGCAAGCUGAACAGCUUAUAAGUUUCCUUUUUUUGUGACCAAUCUCUAAACGUUGAGAGCGAUUGGCAGAGUAGGCGCAUUAAGGUUCUACACUCCACCCGAGGUUAUUUUCCCACUGGCAUACCCUUUUUUGACUAGAAAAAAAAUCCUGCAGAAAAGUGAUAUAAAAGUGCGACAUUUGCAGAAACAAUUGGGAGCUUUUAUGUGCAACUUGUUGCUAUAUUUAAAAUUUGACUAAUUAGUCAUCAUUAUUUUGUAUGCCAAGUUUUGGAAACCUGUGCACAAAGUUGAGGGUUUUUAUGACAGUCUGGAGUAGAACGUAAUUGAACAAAAGGCAUACAGCAAAAAAUAGUUGAAUAUGAAUUAAAAUUCGAAACUUUUGCAUUCAAGGAAUUUUAAUCAAUAAUUGGAAUGUGCAACACUGCAUGUAAUAAGUCAUUAUUGAUGGCAGGUAGAUGGGGAUUUCAAUUAAUUUUAUUGAUACAACCGCAGGAUUUGUCAUUAAUUACGAUUAGAAAUUUGAGACUUCGGCACUGUUGAAGAAAUUGGUGUCAAGAAACAGCAUGUUGGGUGACUAUCCCCUGUACCAUCGAUCUGAUUCUUAUCCAUUUGGAUGGGACUGUUUUUUUACUUAGGUCGUUGGAUGACACUGUUUCUGGAACCCAUGCUAAGCAUUAUUUCCACAGAGGUGUCUGCAUCUAGCUGCAAUCAAUGCAUGAUUGUGUGAAUUGGGUCCUGCUAGAAGGUAGGAAAGUAAAUGAUAGGAGUCCGAAUCUGCGGUGCAAUAACUUUAGGAAAUAGAGAUCGAAAAUACCAGAAAAAGGGGGAGAUUGGGUUCCAGAAGGAACUCUGUUCCAGUUCGUGCUAACCUUUCGAGAGGACCACCUCUCUCCUCCACAAGCUGCUACCUGCCCAAAAUCACGUCCUCCUUCCUUUCGUAACUAACCCUAAUAACCCCUUUCUCCCCACAAAACAUUGACCUAAUUACCCAUACUUAACCCUCCUGUCCCAAUUACUUAAGAGCCCUUAGCUUAGGCUCUCUUUCUAGGCCGUAAGUUAGGCCUGUUAGGCCCCUAUGGGUCUAAUAUUGUCCUCCUAUUCUUCAGGUGUAAACCCGACCCAUUGGGCCAGUUGGGGGGUCUAACAGUAAACUGUUUGAUAGAUUUAACUUCUCAUUGAAGUGAAUUUGGUCUAGAAAUGGGAUGCAAGUUGCAUCUGCGAGUUGACUGCAUGACUAGUGUGAGGGUUCUGUAGUGGUUCAUCCGUCACAUUUAGUAAAAUAAUAUCUUCAAGUUUCAUGGUGGCCUGAAACAAGGGUUUAAGAGGCUGAGAAGAAAGAUUCUGAGUAUAGAUCCUAUUCUCCCUAAAACAGUUAGUGUAUUGGAUCCUGAAGAUUAAUUAAAAAUCAAACAAAAGAUGUUGCGGCUAUCUUGGUGUCAGUCAUUGAGUACAUACAAAUGACGCAUGAACUAAUAUGAUUUGUUGUGGCUCAUGAUUCGUAUUCAAAAUGUGAUUUUGAAUGUGUAAGUAUGGGAGAUGUAUUAUGGUCACAAGACCAACUGCCUGUGAACAAUUACGUGCAGGAUGAUAAUGAAGCGUGUAGAAAUUUCUCACCAUAUCUAGAGGGAAAUUUAUUAUAGGAGCAGAUCAUCUAUUCCUAGAUUUGAGGGACUUCAACGCUAAGUUUGAGGGAGAGGUAAAUGGAGCCUGGUGGCUGUAAGAAGGCUAUUUUGUGUCUUGACCCAAUGAUGUUGACCUGAAAUUCAUCCAUCGGGAUACAUGCGUCUAUUAUCAGCAUAAGACGUUGUAUGCAGUUUAUUGAACUCAUAUCCCUAUUUAGUAAUUUGUUGAACCUAAUUUUACGUUAUUAUUCUCUUAAUGAAUAUUGCGGGGAUGCUGGUCUGAUGAUACAGUAGAUUCCCAUUAGCUGCGCACAUCCUUGAGUAAGGGGGGGGGAGGGGGCUCUGCUGGUUUUACAUUUUAUAUCCUAUCUUCUUUUUCAUUUACAGAAGAAUUUUUGAGGUCCACAUAAGCUCAACUCAUCUUAGUUAAGGAUAUUUUUUUUAUCACUGAAUUCAGUAGCUAUUUUUGAAUGCAAAUAGAUCUCAAUUGUAGUCGAAUGAAGAAAAACCUUAAUUUAAUUCCGUUCUCCAUCAAAACUGUCAGUUCGGUAGUAUAUGACUUCAAAACAGCUGUGGACUACUACUAAACUUCAGGUAGCUUAGAUGAUAUAAAUUGUGAUCGGACACCAAUUCCGGACAAAAAAAGGAAGGAAAUCUGAUGGAAAUAGCAGAAAAGAAAGCAGAAAACAAGAAGAUAGGGAUUGAGUUGCCGGGUGGAAACCCUAAGCAUCCUGAUAACCUUUUGAGAGGCUUCUCUCUCUCCAACAAGCCCUAAUGUCUGCUCCCCCUCUCCUCCCCCCCGUUUCCCCUCUUUUCUUCCGUCCCAAUAUCUGGUCUUUUCUCUCCUGUAAUAUUAUCAAAUCCCCCCCUUAAAAUUUGGACUUUGCCCUUGGCCCCUCCUAACAUAUUUAAUACAUAUUGGUGGACUAUCAAAUUGGUGUUCUUAUAUCAUGGAGGGGAGAUGACUAUGUGCAAUGUCCGUUCUUAAAUUUAGCCUCAAUUUCCAAUGAUCCGGUUUUAUAUGUAAGAAUUUAGAUUUCUUCAUACUUUUACCAAGAAAGCUCGUUUUCAAUGUUCUGGCUUGUUGUUUGUAAGUUUUCUAAAUCAUAUUGUAUGUGACUGGGUCUUGUCCAUGUGGCGGAAUUAAUGUGGAUUGUGCAAAAUAUUAAAUUUAUUUUCAUAAUUGUUUGGUUUUUCUGCAUUAUGCCAUAUCCAACGUAAAUACACUCUUGAAAAAGCUAUCUAGCUUGUGGAUUGUAGUUUUUUCAUUUAUUUGUAUUUUGUUGAUAUUUUUGCAAUUCGUCUCUUGUUUGUUAAUUUUGUCUGCAUAUAUGAUGGUUAUGUUCUUGGUAACAAAAGUGGUCAUCUCAUUGGGAUAUUUCAGUACUUCUGUGCACUGUGAAAAUUGUGCUCAUGGGUCAGCAAGACAUUUUUGCUGGUGGAAUAGAGUAAGUCACGUAAUAUUUCUAAGAAUGUGCUUGAGGAACUAGAUUUUACUGUGCUGGUGUCUUCCUAAUAUUCUACCUUCUCCUGUUAGUAUAUAACUAAACCAAUACAAACCAAGGGACAUUUGAUCGAGGGAAAAAGAGCUAUGAUUCUGCUGAAGGAGAAGCUAUUGAAAAGCAUUGUGCUAAGACGUACCAAGAAAGGCAGAGCAGCAGACCUAGUUCUGCCGCCAAGAAUUGUAAGUACAAGGAUUCAUAACACCAUCUGCAUAUCUGCUGUCAAAAACUUGAGCUUUUUUUACUUCUCUGUAAUAUAUACUUCGAGCGUAACAUCAUAAUUUUUUGUUUAGGUUUGUUUAAGGCGAGAUGCUUUGGAUAGCAAUGAACAUGAAUUUUAUGAAGCCUUGUAUACACAAAGUCAGACUCAGUUUGGCACGUAAAUACAUCUGGCCUAUCUUCUUUAUUUUUCUUCUUUUUGUAGCAUGGGGUAAACAUGAUCUUUAUAAUUUGUUCUUUUAUUUGAAAAUGUCUUCCGUUUAUCUCCAUAUUAUCUUUCAACAGAGGUGGUGAUUAAUGGGCAUUUUGUUUGGAGGUGGGCAUUUGUGUCUAGUGGUUUAUUUUUUUAUUGGAACCUGACCAACUCUUUCAGGUUAUAUAAUGCUUGGUCAAAUUUUAUGAAGAACUGCAUUGAUGGUCUGGGGAAAAUGUAGGAUUCCUUAUGACUGGGACCAAUGCAUACUGGAAUGUUUUGACUUCGUGCACGGUUAAGUUGUUUCUGGAGACUGUACCCUGAGUAUCUGACGACGCUCAUUCCACGACACAUAUCUGCCUGUGAAUUGAUGUAUCUUUGUUAGGGUUUGGAGAAUAAUUAAAGUACCUUCGUAUCCCCAGUCUGUUGAAAAAUUACUUGCAAUAAGUUAAUGAAAUAAAAAGAAAUAAUCUCAAGUUAAUCUGAUACUUUGCCUUGAAGCUUUCAACCUGACAUCUAGAUAUCAGGACCUCAGUCCGUGAAUUUUACCAGAAUCCUGGUGGCGUGAUUCUACCAGAAUGAAACAUCCAGGAUGAGUGAAUUUACAUUCCACUUAUCUUAAAACGUUUUAAGAGUUGUAGAGGAAAACAGAUGGGAUGUUGACAUAUCAUUGACCUUCGGAUUAAAAAUAAAAGAAAAUUCAUAUCAAUUUUCGACAAAUCUUGUGGAGUAUUUCUUUAAGAAAUAACCGUCCAAACAAUGACUUCUAUGUAGUUUGAAAGCUUUCCGCAUUUGAACUAGGCACUGACAACUACUUUCAAAAGAAAAGAUCCACUGGUUACUAAAAAGAUACUUGAGAUCAAAGCAUUGAGCACAUUUUUCCUCAGAAAGCAAAUCUAUUACCAUCAAAAUUAAGUGAUAAUAUCUAAACAAGUAACUAUCUCACGAAAUUCUUUUGAAAUGUGACGUAUUGUAGAAACUGUUUGCUUAGCGUGAUAAAAACUAUUUAGUACAUCCGAUUGACCCUGAGACUCCUCUUCUUUUUUCCUUUCAGUUUCCUAAGUUUUGGUUAAAAUAUCCUAUGGUAUGUUUGAUGAAUGAUAACCUGUAUGCGGCUAUCUUCCAUAAUUAGACCAUUUAAUCUCAUUAUCGAUUCUUUUUUUUUUUCGUUGUAUUUUUUCGGAUGCCAUCUCUUCCUUCAAUGGCACAGUGCCACCCAAAGUUCUGAAAUGGGUAUUCGGGGUGAAAUCGGCCCUUUUUUCAUUCUUGCCCUUAAAUACAGAGGAAUGAAGUUUCUUGUCCGUUGAUCUUGUGAAUUUCUCGAUUGGCUAUCCUCAUGAAAAAUUCUAGAAUUAGAGAUAGGAACAGCAAAUAGUCUCAAGUUGCUGCGGACUUUCAUGGAAUCACAAACCAUGGAGAUCCCAUUAAUGUGACAAGUUAUUUGAUAGCAGUUAUAUGUGGCUAGCUUACAUAUUGAUCUUGAUUACCUUUGAAACAUUGACCUCUUCGAUCACAUUCCUUUUUAUUAGUACCAAACGAAUGGCCAUGAGCAUGUCUAUGUACAUUAGACGUAUUGAAAUUCUUUACUUCCUGUAGUUAAGAUGCAUGAAUUAUUCGUUUCCUUUUGCAGUUACGUUUCUGCUGGAACCUUGAUGAACAAUUAUGCUCAUAUCUUUGAUCUUCUUACAAGGUUGCGUCAGGUCUGAUAUCAAUCACUUUUAAUCAUGAAAAAUGGUUUCUGCUCAUGUAUCUAUUUAUUUUUUCUUGUCAUUAGGGUCUAUUGAAUUUUUCAUGCUUAAUCUUUUUGAAGUCAUCAUCAACUGUUUGGCAUGUAUUCCAAACAAAUUUUAUUACGAUUGUUGAAUUAGGAAUGAUGUAAUAUUCAUUUUACACAUGCUUGAAGAGCAUUGUGUUAGAAAAAAAAUAAUUAGGGAGAGUUUAAGGCAGUUGAACUGUUCAAUGCCUGCAAGUUCUCUGCUGAUCGGUAAAUUUCUUUGUGUCAUUUACCUUCGACUAUACUUCAUCCUGCGAAUGUGUUGUUUAACUGCAGGCUGUUGAUCAUCCAUAUCUCGUCGUCUAUUCAAGAACUGUUGAUGCGCCAAAUGAAAGCAAUGAAAAUACUUCUGCGGGCUAUUGUGGCAUUUGCCAUGAUCCUGCUGAGGAUCCAGUGGUGAGAUCUUAUUUUUUCUGGUUUUACAUUGAUUACUUAUGCGGAGAUAGUGGGUUCUUUCUCUUAACCACUCUCUUUCAACUUCAGGUUACCUCCUGUGAUCAUUCUUUCUGCAGAGCUUGCUUAUUGGAUAUCACACCAGCUCUCAGAACUGUCUCAUGUCCAUCAUGUUCAAAACCUCUUACGGUUGACUUGACGACAGCUAACUCAGGGGAAAAGCGGGCCGAAAACAGUAUCAUAGGUUUUAAACAUUCGAGUAUCCUGAACCGAUUAAAUAUUCAAAAGUUCAAAACUAGCACCAAGAUUGAUGCUCUGGUACUAUUUUCCGCCCUUCUGGAUUUAUGGAGAAUGUGUUAAAUUCUAUUCUCCACUAUUUGGAUUUGAAGACGUUGUUUUUAGUUUUUUUUUCGUACAUUGUUCUUGUUUCAUGCUUGUGAAUCAGAAUCCUCUCAAUGGUGAAUGCAUCUAUGAUUCAAUUGCCACACUGGAUGUGAUCUAUAAUUGUCCUAUCGUUAACAUUCAGGCUAUGACCCUGCCAUACCUUAUGAUCCGUGUGGACAGAACAGGUUGAUUUGUGUAUAUAUGAUAUCCUUGGUGAAAUAAUCCUUGUUGUUUUCUGUUUCUGCCUAUUUUUUAAAAUGUACCGGCUAGAUGGAGAGACUUUUUCACUUCUCAUAAAGCUAUUUCAGUUCAUUGCCAGUUUUUACCUGAGCUUUGGAUGCUGCUGGAGAGUCGUUUGACAGUGUUAGUCAACUGAACGACGAGCCCUGGCUUCAAUGCCACAUACCAUCUACUUCUGCUGGAACUAAGUAUUGCUAUCUCUGUGAUUUCGAGUUCCCAAAAUGGCCCACUAUUUUCAAGUUGUGUUGGAUCUUGUUCUCUUCUCCACUGACAUAUAACUUGCUAAUGAGUCUGUUUUCCUUUUGAGCAAUGUUGUCUACUCAUGUUUCACAGAUUAAAAACUUUGAAAAUAGUUUCAACUUUCAGUCUCUGAAACUGUUUUCUUUUCUUAAAAUGAAGCCGCAUGCUUCCUGUUUUGUGAUUUGUGCUGGCUAGUCUGCAUAAAGGAGCAAGAAGUUCUGUGCUUCCUGGUGAUUUGGAUCGUUCUUGAUACCUACCAGUAAAUGACGGUUUGCUUGGAGGGAAAAAAAAAAAAACAAAAAACAUACACUUAGAUUGACUUUGCUUCUAUGCUUAAUAAUACUUGUUUGAAAAUCGUCGUGAAAGCCCACAUUGUCUGGGAUCUCUUCCAUUUUCUGCCUAAUUUUAGGAUAUAUACAGAACAGCCCUGUGCAAGAAAAGUCGAAGCUGAUCUUUGGCUGUCUAGCCGAUUCUGUAGUUCUUGUGGAUCAUCCGGUUGGAGUAUGGUAAGCUCAAUGGAUACAAAGUUAGAAAAAAAAUCGUCAAAAAGGAAAAACCAGAGCAAUCACAUGAUGAUAGAUAUACUCCCUUUCUCCAUCUUGAAAGAAUCUAACGCAAUUCGGGAUCAGCCUUCUCUCCCUCGGGUGAUCACUUUGGAUUUGUUCUUGUUUCACUAUAGUUUCUAAUUCAAUCGACAGCAAAUAAUUUUCUCCAUCUACAUAUAGACUGAGGGUCUUGUUUUAAAAAUCCUUUAAAAUCUUUAUAUUUUAGAUUUCUUCUCUCUCGCGUUGCAGAAGGAGGAGAUAAUGCUCAUGGCUGAGGCUGAUAGCUCAGCGAAAGGAAUAGUAUUCAGUCAGUUCACAUCUUUCCUGGAUCUCAUAAAGUACUCCCUGGAGCUGGUACCCCCCGACCACCCCCACCCUCCCAAUCUAUUUAUUUAUUUAUAUUUUCAUCCAUUUAUUUAUGUAAUUAUGUAUUUGUAUGUUUUUUUGGCAGUCUGGGGUGAGCUGUGUUCAGCUGGUGGGGAGCAUGAGCCUUGCAGAGAGGGAGAGGGCGAUCAGCUCCUUCACUGAGGACGCGGACUGUAAGAUCUUCCUCAUGAGCUUGAAGGCUGGUGGGGUCGCCCUCAACCUCACAGUCGCCUCUCAUGUAAAUAACUGUCUGCCCCCCCCCCCUCUCUCGGUCUCCUUCUCCACGGUGGUCCCCACCUUGAAAUGGUCUUUCAUGGCAGGUGUUCCUGAUGGACCCCUGGUGGAACCCGGCGGUGGAGCGCCAGGCCCAGGACCGGAUCCACCGGAUCGGGCAGCACAAGCCGAUCAGGACCGUCAGAUUCCUGAUCGAGGACACGAUCGAGGAGAGGAUCCUGCAGUUGCAGAAGAAGAAGGAGAUGGUCUUCGAAGGGUGGGUCAAAAUAUACUACCAUCUGCCCCCUACUACCACCCCCGCUUCAACCACUCACUGUGGAGAGGAGAACGGGGUAAUCAAUCUGACGUUGACCGUGGUGGGACAGGACGGUGGGCGACUCCGCGGAUGCCAUGGCGAAGCUGACUGAGGAGGACUUGAAGUUUCUCUUCCAGAACUGA